CCGUACCGGAAGCUGGGUCUUCAACAUCCGCGUUGUAGCCCAAACGCGAGGGAAAUUCAGUUUAGACAAAAUACAGUACAGCAGAGAAGCAAUGGAGGCGUACAGGCGUUGCUUUGUGAUGUGUUAAACAAAAUAUAUACGAGUCUGCGGAAAUAGAAGUUGAGGGACGGCUUGGCUCGCGCCAGAUCUGGCAACACCAGCGCCUUACCAGACGUUAUCGGGGCGCGUGUUAUUGUUUCACUCCGCGCUGUUGUCGACAGUAGAAGAAACGGAGGGAAGCGUCGCGGUUCGCAGCCGUUGACAAUGUCGGUUGGUCGAAGAAGUCACGAGGGGGCGGCCAACGUUUCAGGCAGCGACUCCGACGACGAGCCCAAGCUGCCCCUCGCCCAGUUCUACCCGUACAUCCGCUGUGCCCUGUGCUGCGGCUUCUUCAUCGACGCCACGACCAUCACGGAGUGCCUGCACACAUUUUGCAAAAGCUGCAUCGUGAAGCAUUUCUUCUACAGCAACAGAUGUCCGACCUGCAGCAUCGUGGUGCACGAGACGCAGCCUCUUUACAACAUCAGGCCGGACAGGCAGCUUCAGGACAUCGUUUAUAAAAUGGUUCCCUUCCUGGAAGAACUUGAAAGAGAACAAAUGUGUAGGUUCUACAAGGAGAGAGGCUUUGCUUUGCCAAAACCAGUGCCGGUUUCACCUCAAGGUCCCGUCGUGCUGAAGAGGCAAAGGAAAGAGAGCUUCCCCCGAGCCGUGUUCACACUCCCCCCUGAGCUGAAUAUUUUUCUGCUCCUGGAGUUUGUUGGGGCUGAAAAUGGAAUCUCCGACUUUAAGCCUCUGGAGCGGCCGUACAUCUGCGUGUCGGGCGAGGCCACCAUCCGCCAUGUGGAGCUGUUCAUCCGGAGGAAGAUGGAGCUGAGCCCCAUGUGCCAGGUGGAUCUGGUGUGUGGCGAUCACCUCCUAGAUCACCACCAGUCCCUGAAAGACAUCAAGACGUUUGUCGGUAAAGAAGCGCUACAGGACGGUCUGCUGGUGCUUCACUUCGGCUUAGUCCUACCCUCCCAGUCUUGAAAGCCUCCCUGGUAUUAGCUGCAGAACACGCACUUCACUUUACCAUUGCACUGGUUGUGGUUUUAAGGCUUACGUUAACUGCUUUUUCUGAAUCCACUGAGUGUUUAUGGCCACACGCAGCACCACUGCCACCACUGUGCUUAACAGAUGGUGAUGUGCUCUUUGGUUUGAAAGCCUUAACUCCACAUAACAUCCUUUUCGCCGCUGUGGCCUAAUUGCUCGACUGUUAUUUCAUCUGAACAUAAAACCUUUCUCCAAAAGG